AUGGUAGAGCUGAAUGCAAUAUGUUCAUCCACAGUCCAGCUUCAAUGUCUAGUAGUUAAACAUGCAAGUUGGAAUAAUCCCGAAGAAAUAACUUUACCAUUAUUAUAUAUCAAGCGACUAGUUCUCCAUUUAAAAGGCGAAUCAGUAUCAAUAAGAGAAAUGAAUCAGCUUAUGUUGAAUUUGCCCGACCUCCAACAUCUUGAACUGGUUACAAAAGGACUUCUGGAUAUGACUGACGGACAAUCAUGGGAAAAAAUGACUCGUUCACUGCUAACAUUCAACUUCAAAAUUUCUGUAUGUAUGGAUUGGAUCGAAGAUAUUGUCGAGUCGUUUCGUACACCAUUUUGGCUUGAAGAAAAACGAUGGUUUGUAGCUUGUACAUGGGAUAGUUUGUAUUCGGUGCCAUAUUUUUCUGAUGUUUGCGCUAAUACAUAUUUUCGACCGCCUCUAUAUUCAUCAGUAACUGACGAAGCACUUUUCUGUGAUCAUAUUAAUCAUUUUAUUCUCAAUGAAUCACCGAAGCAAACCAGAUAUUACUUUCGUCAUAUAAAGAAGUUGGAAAUUGCAAGUUCUGAAUCACUGGAAAUGUUAUCAGUAUUCAUCGAUAUGAGCUCGAUAGAAUGCUUGGCGGUAUCUACUUUGAUUGAACUUUCGAAAAUUCAAUGGAUGUUGCAGCUUAUGCCCCGUCUAAAGAAGCUAUCAAUUAACACUCAAGUUUCAUAUUUUCUUCAAAAAACUCAUAAUAUACGUUUGGAAUGUAUUGAAAAUCUUGAAAUUAAUGAUUCACUGCUCAAUAAUAAUCAUAAUGAUUAUUAUGCUGCCGAGCGAUUAUGCCGGACUUUUCCUCGUGUAGAAAAUUUGUGUAUAUCAUCGCUCCAGUGGACAGGAUUAAUACCCCGUUUCAUUGAACGACUGAAGAACCUGUCAAACGUUACAAUCUAUUUCAAGAAAUUGGCUUCGCCCCAACAGCCGAAUCAACUACAAAAAAUCGGCACACGAUGUAUACAAACAAUUGUUGGUGAAGCGCGACAUCUAAAACAUGCAACGUACUCGCACCGACACUACUGGAGUUCAGAUGAGAAUCAAACUUCGUGGUUUUGUUGCCAUUGUUGGAUACAAAGAAAAGUACCAGAGGCAUUCUACCAAAAGCAUUGGCCUCUCCAAAGAGGAUAUAACUACUACCGAAUAAAUCACUUUUUACAACGUAACUUUUUUCUACAAUUAUUACGGUCAUUUGUCUGCGAUUCAUCACUAGGAUUCUCAUUAUGUUAUGCGCUGUUAAACCCAUUUGACCGCUGCGCAUCUGAUUCAUCCUACAGCCUUUAUCCAUGGUGGCAAAAACUGCAGUUUUACUUACUCCAUGUUUAUCUAGUGACUCGCGUUAUUUGUAAAUCCGAAGCGACAAAGAAACUUUUUUUUAAACACGAAAUAAAAUUACAUAUCAAUUGUCAACAGAUCGAUUUAUAUCAAUUCGAGGAUACAAAUCAAUCUGCUAGUUUCAGUUCUUGA